UUAUUCUUCGUCUUCUUCCAACUCUGGUAUCUGUUACCAGAAUCAGCAGCAUCAAUGGCCAUGGCUUCCUCUCAUCUUUCCUGCACUAACAUCUUCCUCUCAUCCUCCCGCGGCGGAGGCUCCGGCGCCGGAGCCGGCGGAAACCGCAAUCUCUCCGUUCAAACGAAUUGUCUGUUUUCGUCCUUCAAGCCGAAUGCGUUACCACUUUCUCUUCGAAAAUCUCAAUUCAACAAACCGCUUUCUGUUAGAGCCACAGCUUCUGAAUCCAAAUCUGAGAGAAGACAAGUCGAGAUAGUAUACGAUGUUGAAGAGAGAUUGAAUAGAUUUGCUGAUGAAGUUGAUAAAGGCGCUGGACUUUCAAGGCUUACUUUGUUUUCACCUUGCAAGAUCAACGCGUUCUUGAGGAUAACUGGCAAGAGAGAAGACGGAUAUCAUGAUUUAGCUUCUCUUUUCCAUGUAAUAAGUCUAGGAGAUAAGAUCAAGUUCUCAUUGGCGCCUUCAAAAUCGAAGGAUCGACUUUCCACCAAUGUGUCUGGAGUCCCUCUUGAUGAUACAAACUUGAUCAUUAAGGCACUUAAUCUGUAUAGAAAGAAGACUGAGACAGACAAUUUCUUUUGGAUUCAUCUUGAUAAAAGGGUUCCAACUGGUGCUGGGCUUGGCGGUGGGAGCAGUAAUGCUGCCACUGCUUUAUGGGCUGCGAAUCAGUUCAGUGGAUGUUUAGCUACUGAAAAGGAGCUUCAAGAAUGGUCGAGUGAAAUUGGUUCAGAUAUACCUUUCUUUUUCUCCCAUGGAGCUGCUUAUUGUACUGGGAGAGGUGAGAUAGUUGAAGAUAUUCCAGCACCAUUUUCAUCUGACAUUCCAUUGGUUCUUGUAAAACCUAAGGAGGCAUGUCCAACAGCCCAGGUUUACAAGAGUCUUCAACUGGAUGAAAGUAGUAAGAUUGAUCCAUUGUAUUUACUGGAGAAGAUCUCGAAAAAUGGAUUAUCUCAAGAUGAUUGUGUAAAUGAUUUAGAACCUCCGGCUUUUCGAGUUCUUCCUUCUCUGAAAAGACUUAAACAGCGGAUGAUUGCAGCUGGUCGUGGGCAAUAUAAUGCUGUUUUCAUGUCUGGAAGUGGAAGUACUAUUGUUGGAGUGGGUUCUCCUGACCCUCCUCGUUUCAUCUACGACGACGAGGAAUAUAAAGAUGUUUUUAUAUCGGAGGCCAGCUUCAUCACGCGUGGAGUUAAUCAGUGGUACACCGAAGUUAUUUCACCGAGCUCAGAGGAGACACCAGCGGUUUGAUAAUUAAUCUCGAAUCAAUUGAAUAAUAAUAAUAAAACUGACUUAAAGUGAGAUAUUAUGUUUAGAUAAAGAGAAGAGAAGUUAUGGCUUUCUUUCUAUUAUAGUGUGUCUUAAGAAUACCUAAAAGAAAACAUGUAAACUUCAAUUAUGUUUUAUACAAAAGAAACCUAAUGGUGGUAGUCUUUGGGGUGUCGUUU